AUGUUCGGAUUCGGUCGAAAGAACGAGUUCCCCGUCGAGGGCCGUGUUAUCGUCAUUACCGGUGGCUCUGAUGGAAUGGGCCGAGCCGUCGCCACGAAUCUGGCCCGCCGAGGUGCACAUGUCGUUGUUGUGGCUCGUACAGUCUCCAAGCUGCAAAGUACCGUCGAGGAUAUGCGGCGUGUGGCCCUGAACAGCUUGAAGCAACGCUUCUUCUAUAUCAGUGCCGAUCUUUCUGACGCCGCUGAGUGUGAACGGAUGAUCGCGGAGGUCACAGGCUGGAACUACGGCUCUGGCCCCGAUGUCGUUUGGUGCUGUGCUGGAUUCUGCCAUCCUGGAUUCUUCACUGAAGUGCCCAUCUCAAUUCAACGCCAACAGAUGGACAAUGUCUACUGGACUGCCGCCAACACAGCACAUGCCACUCUUCGAAACUGGCUGGCUCCGGUUGCCCCCAGCGCCCAGAUGAAGAACCCCCGUCGCCACCUCAUCUUCACCUGUUCUACUCUUGCUUUCACUCCUAUCGCUGGCUACGGUCCUUACUCGCCUGCGAAGGCUGCCAUCCGCUCCCUGUCCGACACUCUUAGUCAAGAGAUCGAGAUGUACAAUGGAGCUUUUACCCAGCGUCACCGCAACAGCGCCCCUGCUGCAGAUGUCAAGAUUCACACCAUCUUCCCCAUGGGAAUUCUCAGUGCUGGCUUCGAAAAUGAGCAGAAACUUAAGCCCGAGCUGACCAAGAUGCUGGAGGAUGCCGACAAGCCUCAAACCCCGGAGGAGGUUGCACAAAUCUCCAUCAGUGCUCUCGAGCGUGGCGAGUAUCUGAUUACCACAAUGUUUAUCGGCAACGUCAUGAAAGCAACCUCUCUCGGUCCCAGUCCCCGCAACGCUCCUAUCGGUGACACUGUCCUUAGCUGGCUCAGCAACUUGGUGUUCCUUCAAGUUAUUCCGGACCUGCGCAACAAAGCCUUCAACUGGGGCAAGACCAACGGACUUCCCAAUGUCUAUGGAGAAGAGGAUGAGACUCCCCAGGCUACCACUCCCCCGUCCUAA